AUGCUGUCUAUAUUGAGAAAAGCAAGACUAAAGGAUAAGGAGAUGCGAAUCCUGAUGUUAGGUCUCGACAAUGCCGGCAAGACGACCAUCGUCAAACAGAUUAUGAACGAAGACGUCACAACAGUAAGCCCGACGCUGGGCUUCAUAAUAAAAACGAUAGACUUUGACGGGUACAGGUUAAAUAUCUGGGACGUCGGAGGCCAGAAAACACUACGAUCAUACUGGAAAAACUACUUUGAAAAGACAGACACUCUAGUCUGGGUCGUGGAUGCCACCGAUCGAUUACGAGUCGACGACUGUCGUGAUGAACUGGCAGGACUUUUGCUUGAAGAGCGUUUAAUGGGCGCAAGCCUUUUGGUUUUUCUCAAUAAAACUGAUGUAGGGGGGUGUAUGACUCAGGACGAAGUUAGGCAGAACCUCCGCCUAGAUUCGAUCAAGACUCAUAAAUGGACCAUACUGCCUUGCAGCGGCAUGACGGGAGCGAAUCUGCGCGAGGGUCUCAACUGGGUUGUGCAAGAUGCUAAGGAUAGGUUAUUCCUCUACUGA